AAUCAGUGCUUCAGACCACCCUUCGCUAACUAAAGCGUUCGUGCUCAGCAUCAAGUUACGGUGCCAUGGAAUUGAUCCUUCAGUUUCUCAGUUGAAUGUCAUUCACACCCGCAGGGUCGCAGUGCCUAGAUCUAAGGUCACUUAAAGAACACUGUUCACACCGGCAGCCAAACAGCAGAGGACUCUGCCAUAUUGCUGAACCAAACGGGGUUAGAGGACCAGAUUCCCUAACUGAAGAGCUGCGAGCCUCUUCAAAUAAAUCACGUGUUUCAACGUCAAAGCGAAAAGGUCAGCUUGAACAUCUCUGUUCACAAGGCACUCCUUAUUAGAAGGUCAUCAUCUAAUCAUUUUCCAGGUGAGGAUAUCUUCCAGUCUUUUGAUGCUUUCAUAAUUUGCAUAUGGAGUGUGAUUUUAGCAGGCAGCAGGAACAAUAACACGGGAUUUUCACUCGGGUCUUUAAGAGGCUUUAUUUGGAGUGCUAACUUUCAGUUUUCCAUUCCAGCAGAGUGAGGGGACAUUCCUGCCUUGCUCACCGCUGUGCAGGCAAAAUGCUCCCUAGUGUAGGAUUAUGUGUUCUAAGCACUCAUUCAGUCACUCACUUCUAGUCAUUUGUACUGCUCCUCAGAUGGCUGCCAAAGAGAACGAUGUGGAGGUCAAGAUCCUGUCUCCUGUAGCCACACAGAGACGGCAGCGCCUAGUGACUAAGGAUGGGCACUGCACUCUGCACACUCCCCCAGCCCCCGGCUCGCCUGCCACUUGGCUCCUCUACCUGCAGGACGUAUGGGGAACAGUGGUGGCGCUGCGGUGGCGGUGGGUAAUUCUGGCAUUCUGCGCCUCCUUCUUGGCCCACUGGCUACUCUUCGCCUGCUUGUGGUACCUCCUCGCCCACCUCAACGGGGACCUGAUAGUGGACCACGAUGCCCCACCCCCUGACCACAUAGUGUGUGUCAAGUACAUCACCAGCUUUACAGCAGCCUUCUCCUUCUCGCUGGAGACGCAGCUAACCAUCGGUUACGGCACCAUGUUCCCCAGUGGGGACUGUCCCAGUGCCAUUGCCCUCCUGGCCGUGCAGAUGCUAUUGGGGCUCAUGCUGGAGGCUUUCAUUACAGGGGCCUUUGUGGCUAAGAUCGCCAGACCGAAGAAGCGGGCAGGAGCAAUUCAGUUCAGCCCCUGUGCCGUCGUGGGGCAGCACCAGGGAGAAACCUGCCUAAUGUUCCGUGCUACCAAUAUGCUGCAGCGCCCUCUGGUGGAUGUACACAUUAAUGCUGUGCUCUACCAGGACCAUGGAGACCAAGCGCUAUACCAAUCCAGAGUGGAGUUCCAGCUGGACAAUCUUGGUGCAAACCCCUGCCCAUUCUUCAUCUUCCCUCUAACAUUCUAUCAUCAGCUGAACCGGCAGAGCCCGGUGUACCAGGCACUGCAGGAGGGGAGUGCCACACACUUUGAGCUGGUUGUCUUUCUGUCAGCUGCCCAAGAGGACACUGGUGAGAGCUGCCAGAAGAGGACUUCUUACUUGAAAGGAGAGAUAGAAUUUGACCAUCACUUUGCCACAGUGCUGAGGCUGGAUUCUCUAGGUCAAUACACAAUGGACAUGAGCAACUUUGCCAAGGUCCUGCCUGACACCACCAAUACCAAAGCGGAAGCAGAUAAGGAGUAUGUAGUCCAGAUCAAUGGCGACGGGAGUGAAAGGGUGGAGUAGCAAGAAUAAAACUACAGUUCCUGUUCAGCUGGAUUCAGCAUAUAUCCUAGUAGAGGCAAUGGAAGAGAAGAUGACUCUCUCUUCAAAAGCCUGCCCUUGCAUCCCAAGAGAACAUCAAACUGGGUACUUUGAGAGGCUUGGAGUAGAUCAACAAUCACUUCCAAAAAAUAAAAUAGAUAUGCAUAAAAAAUUCUAACAGCUGGCAAAACAAAAUGCACACUUACUAUGAUUCAGUUGAAAAUGAGCCGGGGAAACCUCUGAUUGGUCCACAGCAACAUGA